UCUGCGGUGCUGGUGACUGUGGUGUGACUUCUGUUAGUACCGCUGCUGGCUAGUACCAGUUUUCCUCCAGAUUGCUCACCUCCUAAUCUCACUCUGAAGCUACUCCAUUUCCACAAGACUACGCUCAUCACUGCCGUUUAGGCAAUUGUACGAUGGAUCAGAAUUUCCUGGCUCUGUGUGCUAGUGAUUACUACAAUGGAUGUUUGUUCCACCGCAAUAUCAAAGGGUUCAUUGUACAGACCGGAGACCCUACAGGCACUGGGAAAGGAGGAUCCAGUAUCUGGGGUGGGAAGUUUGAAGAUGAGUUUAAUGAACAUCUUAAGCACAAUGUCAGAGGAGUUGUUUCCAUGGCAAACAAUGGCCCCAGCACAAAUGGGUCACAGUUCUUCAUCACAUAUGGGAAGCAGCCUCAGCUGGACAUGAAAUACACAGUGUUUGGGAAGGUAAUCGAUGGGCUAGAUACUCUCGAUGAACUGGAGAAGCUCCCAGUUAACGAAAAAACAUUCAGACCACUGACUGAUGUCCGCAUCAAAGACGUUGUUAUUCAUGCCAAUCCGUUUGCACUCUGAUUGGAGGUGUGGCUGUCAGACCAGAGGCAUCCUGUGGGACUGAGGACCGUAGUCAAGGUGCUGGGAUACUAGCAGAGACCAAGUGAAGAUCAGAUCAGUGAGAGCUCCCUCUCUCUAUGAGGCACUAAGUUUUCCACUGCUCAGCUGGAUAGGACCCAUGGAAUUACAGGGACUGUGAGAACCGUGCAUGAUGCUGGCAUUGCUUCUGUAUCUUUCCCCAUCUCUAUCUCCAAUCCUCUAUCUCUCACUCUCUUCAAUUUCUCUGCCUCUUUUUCUCCCUGUCUGCAUAUUUCAUUCUGUCUCUUUGCUGUCGCACUCUUUCAGUUGUAGUUCCUGUUCUCUCUCCAUCUCACUUGUUCCUACUCUUUCACUCGCUUGUUGCUCUUUUCUCUCAUUCUCUCCUGUGUCUUCUCCCUUUCUAUCUCACUGUUUCAUUUGUUCCUCCUCUUGUUCACUUCUCCUCACUCUCUUCUUCACUCCUCUCUUUCAGCUGAGGUCCUAGCACAGUGUUUCCAUAACUAAUUCUCACUAUAGCUCCAUUUCAAGGCUUGAAAAUAAUUGUAACCCCUUCAUGAGAACUGAGAGUGGAGGGAGAGAGAAGACCACCUCAGGGAGCAGGGGAGGGAGCUCCACAAUGACCAUUGCUGCCUUUAGCACACAUCCCCAGACUUUAAGCCUGCAACCCUGUUGGGGUGCUGUCCCCCACUUAAGGAAGUCCUGUCGGAGCCCAGUAAAUGAAGGGAAUUACUAAUUAAGUGAUGUUAAACUGAAAGUUUGGGAGUCUGCACACUGUCAGUGUUGGAGGAGAGAAUGGACAUGGAAGCUGUGGGUAUAAAUCCUUAUUUAGAACAUUUUAUUGGUGUUUGUUUGGUUUAGAUUUCCAGUUGGACUUGACUUAGUAUGUGGUUUGCCUCUCAUCAUACCAACCCUGUCAUCUGUAGCAUGGAGGUGCUGGCAUCAGGCAGCCUCUAAACUAGAUCUGAUGGGUUUUUUUGUUGCGUCAGAACUGUUGAUGUAGAUUGUUGCUGGGACAUCUGAGUUGAUGUAUUUUACACAAAGCAGUCAGGCUAUCUGUUCAGUUUUAAAUAAACUUGAUGUGUUUUUAUGA